CAAAAAAAUGGUGAGAGAAGAGGCGUGGAAAACAGCCAUAUUUGGCAUCAGUAGAUAAUGCAAGUAGAGGAUGCAAAUGAGAUAAAGGAGUGGUUGUCAUGGAGACUUGAUGUUGCGCAGUGAUGGUUCGCUGUAAACCUGACCACACUUGCGGUAUGGCCGUUGCUAAGCAGAAGGUGCUAUUGUGAGCGAGCGAGGAGAGCGAGUGAAGUGGCGGAAGAGGGAAGCGAACAUCUUCGUUGAUGUCGUGGCGCGUUGCGUCAACGUGACCUUUUGCUUAAAGUGGCUUCGUCUUUCCAGGUAGCGCUCAGAGGAAGUGCCUUUGCUGAUGUGUGCCGCAGCUUUGGCCCGCUUCUACCGCUGAAGCGCCAUCCUCCGCCUGCCUCGCCUUCGCUCGCUUGCAAGGAAAGGCGUCCGCGCUCUCCUCAAACUGCACCCAGGCCCGUCGGUCCGUCCGCCAUCAUCACCACCACCAGCUUCAGCUAAUCCUCACCUGACAGCCCAAAUCCACCACCAGGCCCACGCAGAGCAUCACGCACCUUGCCUUUGACUUACCUUGGCCUUGGACCCCCUUAAGCCUCCACAGUGUCCUUAAUCCCACCCUCCAAGAAGCAGACUAGGCCCCAGACUAUCACCUUUGUUGCCUGCUUCACCACAUCAGGUCUCUCUCCUGUGCCACUUUGAAUGUUCUAGAAAAAAAGAGUGAGCAAUAAGAGGGAACGUUCAACUUCAGUUCUGGAUACAACCCGCUGACUUGAUCCAGGAAGAUGGCGCAAUAACACUUGCAGCCGCACUUCGUCCUGCCACAUUUCACCCUGGACACUGUCCCACGCUAACAUAACCACACGCGAGCAUAAGAGAAGCUGCGGAUUAUAAUUAUCGCAGUUGCCAUGGCGAUGAACAUAGCGCAGAUCCGCGACACAAAGUGGCUGACACUUGAGGUGUGCCGGGAGUUCCUCAGGGGCACGUGCUCCCGCUCGGACCAGGAGUGCAAGUUCGCUCAUCCGGCGAAGAGCUGCCAGGUGGAAAACGGACGGGUCAUCGCUUGCUUCGACUCGCUCAAGGGCCGCUGUUCCAGGGAGAACUGCAAGUAUCUGCACCCUCCUGCGCACCUAAAGAACCAGCUGGAGAUCAACGGCAGGAACAACCUGAUCCAGCAGAAGAACAUGGUCAUGCUGGCCCAGCACAUGCAGCUCGCCAACGCCAUGAUGCCUGGCACGCAGCUCUCGCCUAUGCCCAUGUUCUCCGUGACGCCCGGCCUGUCCACCAACGCCGCAGCUGCGGCUGCAGCCGCGGCUUUUAAUCCCUACCUGAGCCCCCUGUCGCCGGGCCUGAUGCCCCCAGAGAUGCUGUCCAACACCCCCGUCCUCAUGGCUUCCAGUCCUACCGUCAGCCAAGUCCCCAACGCUGCCGCUGCAGCCCAGAAACUGCUGAGAACAGACAGACUCGAGGUGUGUCGCGAAUACCAGAGGGGAAACUGCUCCAGGGGCGAGGACGACUGUCGCUUUGCCCACCCAGCAGACAGCACAAUGAUCGACACAAACGACAACACGGUCACGGUGUGCAUGGACUACAUCAAGGGCCGCUGCUCCCGCGAGAAGUGCAAGUACUUUCACCCGCCGGCUCACCUGCAGGCCAAAAUCAAGGCCACUCAGCACCAGGUGAACCAGGCCUCCGCAGCCGCAGCCAUGACUCAGUCGGCUGUCAAAUCACUGAAGCGACCCCUCGACGCAACCUUUGACCUGGGUAUCGCCCCCAGUGUCAUGGCUCCCCUGCCAAAGCGGGCGGCCCUGGAGAAGGCCAAUGGGGCCUCUGCUGUGUUUAACACCGGCAUGCUCCAGUACCAGCAGGCCCUGGCCAGCAUGCAGUUUCAGCAGCAGGCUGCUUUCCUCCCAUCAGGCUCUAUAUUGUGCAUGACCCCUGCAGCCGGCGUUGUUCCCAUGAUGCACGGUGGCACUCCAGUCACUGUGUCUGCAGCCACCACGUCCGGCACAAACGUUCCCUUCGCAACUGCCUCCACCAAUCAGGACUCUUCCUUAUCAAAGUUGACUACCAACGAAUACAUGCAAUUGAUUCCAAUAAUAUCUGCAGAUCAUCUGAGUAGUCACAAGUACUUGACUCAAAUGUAGUUCCUCUCAAGAACAAUCAAACGAAUGUGUGCUGGCACCGUCCAAGCCAAAACAGUUCAGCCUUUAUUUACAUAACCUUCAGAAUGUCAAGCAAACGGGGGGACGAGGAGGGUCUCGUCACACGUGGAAACAUCGCGGGCGCCAUCUUCCCACGCUUGAAGGCGAGAGCAGAGGAGGACACGUCGGUGCACAGUGGGUCACGUCACACGUCCAAAUCACACCAUUGGCUCUAAUUCUACUUUACCGGAUGCACGGACGGUCUUUCGACCAAUUUAUUUUCUAUUCCUUUUUCUUUUGAAACAAUCAGCCAUAUUUCAUCGUUUACAAAAAAAAAAAUGCACCUUGAAUUUGAAUUGAGAAAGGCACAGCGAUUUGAGGACACAAAAAAAAAACAAAGACGAGUGCAGUAUUGAGCGUGUGUACAUACUAGUCAAACUAGGUGUGGAUGGAUGAAUAAGUGCGGGUGUUAGGUGGGACAUAUGAAUGUUUGUGGGAAACCAACAUGGAACCUGUGUAACCCUGAAAGCACAGCCUGGCUAGCUCUUCUCACCUUGUCGUGUGCCAUGGAGGCCAUACAGAGUGUUGUCUCAGCAGUGUUAUUUGUUUACCAGGGCUCAAAUUAUAUGAAAAAAAAGAAAAAUCGUUGUAUGGCUCUUAAUGUUGUUUUAAUAUUUAGAUUUUUAAGAAAAAAAAUAAUCAUUUUAGAAGUGGGUUUUUUUGUGCUAAUUUUUUCAUGUGUUCCUUUAAAGACUUUUAUUACUUUUAAUAAACUCGAGUGCUGUUUUUGUUGGUGUUACGUUCAAGUCCAUCGACUCUAAAAGCCUGUUGAAGAGGAGGGUGUUGCUUCAGCUGACCUGUUGUUACCCAAUUGUUGUCCUUCCUCUUUUAAAGAGGGGCCGCUCUGGAAGAAACACUGUUGAUGUAUAAGAAAGACAAAAGGUCUAUUAGGUCAUUGUAACCAAACAAAACAAAACAAAAAAAAGUACACUUGAAUGAUUGUUUUGUCUGAGUCCGAGGUCAACCAAACCUUUUUAAAUGUCACCUAAGACGGCGGAUCCCGACCUUUUAUGUUCCCAGCGUUCUUCGAAAACCUUCAUGCACGCACUUAAGGAGUAUUAGGACCACAAUGAAACUGAAAAAAAACAUACCAUCAUCAAUGAAAAAUACGUUUUAAAGAAACAAUUGUUUCCUCACACGAGUUUUUUGUAAAAAGAAAAAUGUAACAUGAUGUUUUUGUCUCGUAACGUGACCGUUUUAUUGUCAUAUGGCAAAGUUAUCGCCUCAGUGUCAUUCUCGUAGUAUUAUUGACUUUUCAAGGAAAAAAAAUAUGACUUCAAAAAUGUUUUCAUACCGUUACGACUUUUUUUGUAACGUUACAAUUUGUUGGCGUCAACGUCUUUCUCCUUCUAUGACAUGAACAAAUCCUGGUGUUAUUUUCAAUAGGAAUAUUCUCAUACAUUUGAACCUUUCUUGAAAAAGUCCCACUUUAUUAUCACAAUAUAACUUUAUAAUUAUUUGAUUAUCAUGAUUAUUUUCUCAUAAUAUCAUGUGUCUUCAUUCUCGUAAACUACGUAAUUUUUCAUCACCUUACAACUUUAUUCUCGUCAUACUACAGGUUUUUAUGUGAAUAACAAUUUUUUACGUAUCAUGGCGCUAUUCUAUAUAUAUCUAUAUAUCUUUAUUCUCAUUAUGUUAUGUUUUUACGACUCAUAAUAUUACAUUUUUCUUCGUAAAGUUAAGACUAUUUUCUCGUAUAUUAAAACCUACAACUUGGGAUAUUUCAGCUUCGUUCUCGUAAUGUUACGACUUCAUUCUUGUAAUAUUACAUCAUUCUUUUUCGGUAUAUUACAAACCUAAUAUCGUAACAUUACAACAUUUUUGUCAUAACCCAACAAUAUUUGUUCUCAUAACUGUAUCACUCUUUUUUUAUUUUUUUUAAUGAUAAAAAUAAUGUCAUAUAAUUAUGGGGAACAAAUUAAAACCAAAACACUUGCAAUAUAAAGAAUGUAGCAAUUUUUACUUCAGUUUGUUACAUCUUUAUUGUCGUAAUAUUACAUCAUGUUUUCUCAUUAUAUUGCAUUUCUGUAAUAUUACUGCUCUUUAAUAACGAUAACAUGAGUAAAGUAAAAAAAAAAUUUGGAUAAAAAUGUCAAUUAAAAAAAACCUUUUUGCUCAUUAACUCUUUUUUGUAGUGUUAUGACUUUAUUCUCGCAAUAUCACACUUUUUUCCUUCUUUUUAUAUAUAUAUAUAUAUAUAUAUAUAUAUAUAUAUAUAUAUAUAUAUAUAUAUAUGUAUAUAGUAACAUUACACAUUUUUUUAUAACUCUUAUGUCAUAAUUUUUUGUAAUGUCGCUAUUCCUUAAUGAUGAUAAAACGAGUACUGUCAUAUAAUAUUUGGGGAAAAACUCAAACCACAAAAAAAUUGUAAUAUAAGCAAUAUAAAAUGUUUUACUUUAUCUCGCUCAAUCUUUAAUCAUGCAACAGUCUGCCUUUAUUCUCGGAAAUUAUACAUUUAUUCCCCUUAUAUUACAACCAUAAUUUUUUUUUUGUUUAAUUCUUGUAAAUUACAAUUUUCUUUCUUCUUAUAUAACAACUUAAAUGUUGUAGCUUUACGAUUUUUUUGUUGUAACUUUACGACUUUUUUCUCAUAACUAAAGACAGAAUAAAGUCAUAAAAAUGUCUUAAGUUUACGACUUUAUUCUCAUAAAUAUGAAACGCGUAAACCAAACAACUGGUAAUAUAGAGUACAAUAAUUUUGACUUUAGCUCGCUAAAUCUUUACUCCUGCAACAGUCUGCCUUUAUUCUCGGAAAUUACAAUGUUUUUCCCCUAAAAUUACAACCUUAGUUUUGAACCUUUUUCUUGUAACUUUACAGCUUAAUACUUGUAAAUUACGAUUUUCUUUUUUGUUGUAUAACAACUUUAAAUGUUGUGGCUUUACGAUUUUUUUGUUGUAACUUUACAACUUUUUUCUCAAAACUAAUGACACAAGAAAGUCAUAAAAAUGUCAAAACUUUCCGGCUUAAAUCGUGUAAAUUACGAUUUUCUGUCUUGUUAUAGUAUAACUUUAAUUUUGGAGCUUUACGAUUUUUUGUUGUAACUUUACGACUUUUUUCUCAUAACUAAAGACAGAAUAAAGUCAUAAAAAUGUCAUAACUUUCCGACUUAAUUGUUGUAAAUUACGAUUUUCUUUCUUGUUAUAGAAAAACUCUAAUUUUGAAACUUUACGAUUUUUUUGUUGUAACUUUACGACUUUUUUCUCAUAAGUAAAGAGAGAAUAAAGUCAUAAAAAUGUCAUAACUUUCCGACUUAAUUCUUGUAAAUUACGAUUUUCUUUCUGGUUAUAGAACAACUUUAAUUUUGGAGCAUUACGAUUUUUUUUUUGUAACUUUACGACUUUUUUCUCAUAACUAAAGACAGAAUAAAGUCAUAAAAAUGUCAUAACUUGACGACUUUAUUCUGAUAAAUAUGAAACACGUGAACCAAACAACUCCUAAUAUCGAGUACAAUAAUUUUGACUUUAGCUCGCCAAAUCUUUAUUCGUGCAACAGUCUGCCUUUAAUCUCGGAAAUUAUACAUUUCUUCCCCUUAUAUUACAACCUUAAUUUUGUAACUUUUUUGUUGCAACUUAAUUCUUGCAAAUUACGAUGUUCUUUCUUGUUAUGUAACAACUUUAAUUUUGUAGCUUUACGAUUUUUUGUUGUUGUAACUUUACGACUGUUUUAUAAUAACUAAAGACAGAAUAAAGUCAUUAAAAUGUCAUAACUUUACGACUUUAUUCUCAUAAACACGAAACACGUAAACCAAACAACUGGUAAUAUAGAGUACAAUAAUUUUGCCUUUAGCUCGCUAAAUCUUUAAUUUCAUGCAAUUCUUCUCUCAACGUUAUGACUGUUUUUACAAAAUAUGACAACCUAAUCAUUGCGGCCUCAUUCCCAUAGUUUUUGACUGUUUUUUUUUUUUGUUUCUUUUGCAACUCGACGACUUUUACUUCUCACGUCGUAAUGUUUCUUUUUCCCUUUCAUGUAGCCCUCAUACUCCUUGUAACAAAAAAAUAGACAAAUGUUCACACAAUUUGAACAAAAAUGUAAAUACAGCCAAAUCAAAGUUUUACCCCUCACUGUUGGAAUCCCUGCCUUACGUGGAAACACAAACAGCAUCUCUCACUUUGGGAUUGACUUUCCCAAGUUAGUUUUCUUCUGGACUGGACAGUUUCACGUGUUCCCACAGAGGUGUGUUUAGCGAUUGUAUUGUACCUAACAAAGCCUUAGAUUACCAUGAAUGGGUCUCGGCCCAAACUUGUCAAUCACCAUGCAGGUAAAGAGCACCAAUGAUGUUUUAUAAUUAUUAGUCACAUGCCGCUUAUUAUAAGAAAAGAAUAUCACAUUUGUGCUUUUCUCUUUCUCUGUGUAACAAUUAUUCUCUUAAAAACAUUUUAGUAUGUACUACUUAAGGAUUUGAAUCUAUUUGAGAUGCAUAGUUGUAGAUGUUUUCUUUUCUUUUCUUUGGCCUUACUAUAUUACUAUAUUACUUGACGACAUUGAUAUAGCCGUUGUAGAUUUUUGAGGUCGUAUGACAUUCAUAACAUUGUUUUCCAACCAUAUUAAUGAUAAAUAUUCACUUGGUUCACAGAGCUGGAUGUCUUUUUCAGUGACUUUAUGUUUUUUUUUGAUACGAGGAAUUCCUUGCCGCCACGUCAAGAUCAUAUUUGAAAAUAUAGUUUUAAGGUAAACGUUGUUUUCUACUGUAUCCAUUUCAAAAAAUAUAUAUAUAUGUUGUUUUUUGUUGGAAAUAUUUCUUAAGUUUGCCCUGAAUGUCAGGCCAAAAAAUGAGCAGUUGAGACUUUUGGGGUGUUUGGAUAUAAUUUUUCGUUAUUUGUGUUGUUUUUUUGUUUUUUAUUCGGGUCAGUGUGUGUUGAGAUUCGGAGCAAGAACGUAAAAAAAAAACAAAAAAAAAAAAGACUUUUUCCCUGCCGGUGAAGUCAGAAAUGCUGCAGGUGAUGAGUUCGAACCUAAGGGACGAAGGUUGCGACUUUUUUGCACUUCUGUAUAUAGUCAAAUGAACAGAGACAAAUGUGUAUCAUAUUGAGAUAUUAUUUUGAAUAAAGAAAAAAAAAAGAUCUAUAAUAAUGAUAAGGAAUUUUGUUAGAUUAAUUUAAAUUCAUAAGUAAAUUAGAAGACCAGCUAACGUUGCUUGCAAAGAAGGGCGCUAGUUUUUUGGCCGAUGCAUUGAGAGAAAGCCAUGCGCUGUUUUGUCUUCUUUUAUCAGUGGCUAGUUUUUUGCCUGGGAAUGUUUUAGGGGAACGAUUACGCCCCAUAUUUUUAUUUUUUUUUUGUCCUGCUUAAUCCAACCCUUCAAAUGAUUUCCAUUUGUCGGUCACAUCGCUGCUCCUGCUCCGCACACACACUAAAGAUAUAUAUUCUGUUCUGAUUGGACUGCAUGUAAAAACCACAAAAGCAUAGUUGACAAUAAUCCGUACAGUAGAUAACAUCCACAGUGGGAGGAGGAAUGAUACUUUUUUUCAAAAAACAUAUGUUGUUUAAAAGAAAAUCCUCAGCCAACCCAAAUAGCCAUAUAGAGUACAUUUACAGUUGCAAUGCUUAUAAACACUGUGCACUCAGCAGGUGAAGACUGGUCACACCAAAUGCACAUUUAGGCCAAUUUAAGUCAUUAAGAAAUGAAUGUAAAGCGGCUGCUGUAUUGUUUGCUAUAGAACCAAAGCACCAAAAAAAAAAAAAGACACCUUCACGUCAGUUUCUUCCCUGCUGAGAGCACAUGGAUGCUUUCUUUUUUUUUUGACUGCUUUUUACUUGCAAGUGCAACUAGCACUUACGUAUUUGCUAACAGUUGCCACACAAUGAUGAUGUCUGAUUUGUUUAUGCACAUUUUGAUUGUUGCCAUAAUUGACUCUUCGCUGUAUGGAUGACAAAAAAAUUAAGAAAUAAAAAACAAUAUUUGAUUUGCUCAUGCAA